CCCAAAAAAAUGUAAUAUGUAUAAAAGAAAACAUGUGUGUUUGGCUCGUGUCUCAUCCCAUGGACUUUAAAAGGGGUCAAACAUUGUAUAACUUGGAAUCUUUUUCCCGUCUACCAUCUCUCUCAGUCUCUCAGUCUCGUAUCUAAGAUCACUUUCUUUCUCUGUGUGUUUUAUCAUCUCUCUUUCUCAUCAAUGGGUUCAGAUUUUCAUUACUCCAUAGAUCUAAACGAAGAUCAAAACCAUCACGAACAGCCCUUUUUGUAUCCUUUUGGAUCAUCUUCGUCUAUUCUUCAUAAUCAGCAGCAGCAUCAGCACCAUAAUCAUCAAGUUCCCUCUAAUUCUUCAUCAUCCAUUUCGUCUCUAUCCUCUUACCUCCCUUUCUUGAUCAACUCUCAAGAAGAUCAUUAUGUUGCGUACAACAAUACCUGUCAUGAUGAUCAUCUCCAUCUAUCUCAACCCCUCAAGGCCAAGAUGUUUAACGGUGGAUCAUCAUCAUCUUACGAUCACACGGUGCCAAAGAAGGAGAGAAGACUGAAACUAACGAUAAGGAAAAAAGAUCAUCACGAUGACCAAACCGAUUUUCCUCAUCAAAACCCGACAAAACUCAACUCAGGCUCGGACAAGUGGUUGAUGUCCCCAAAGAUGCGGUUGAUCAAGAAAACAAUCACCAACAAUAAACAGCGAAUUGAUCACACUAACAGUAAUGAUAAUAAUCAUAAAGAAGAUCACUAUCCUUUAGAUAAGACUACUUUCAAAGAAGAUCACGAUGAAGAACUCAAGAAAGUCUCGACCAGGACGACUACGGCAGUGACCACAGAGAAGCGCUGCAAUACUAUUAACGAGACUGGUUAUGGUAAUAACAACGGUGUGAUUAGGGUUUGUUCGGAUUGUAACACCACCAAGACUCCUCUUUGGCGAAGUGGGCCUCGAGGUCCCAAGUCUCUUUGUAACGCGUGUGGCAUAAGACAAAGAAAGGCAAGGCGGGCCGCAAUGGCUGCAGCCGUAGCUGCGGGAGACGACCAAGAGGUGGUGGCGAGGCUGCAACAAUUACCGGUGAAAAAGAAGUUGCAAAACAAGAGAAAACGAUCUAAUGGAGGUGACAAAUACAAUCUCUCUUCCCCGGUGGUGGCAAAGACAAAAAAGUGCAAGUUGAAAGAAGAAGAGGAUGACGCCGCAAUAGUUGCCGGAGAUUCAGAGAUCAGCAAAUCAACAACUUCCUCUGGAUCCUCAGUUUUGUCGAACAAAUUUUGCUUCGAUGAUUUGACUAUAAUGUUGAGCAAAAGCUCAGCUUAUCAACAAGUGUUCCCACAAGAUGAGAAGGAAGCUGCUAUAUUGCUCAUGGCUCUGUCGUAUGGAAUGGUUCAUGGUUGAUCAGAUAAUUACAACAUUUUCAGAUUACAAAAAGAGGUUUAUUUAUAUAGUCAUAUAUACCAUAUAUAGUAAUCAUAAUAAUGUUAAAUUUUUGGAGUGGUUAAUGUGGCUUUUGCUGCUGGUCUAAUAUGAGCAAAAAAACAUUUUAUAAUAAGUGAGUGAGAUUUUAGUAUUUAUAUGUUUUGGAAGAUUUUGGUUUAGGGGCUAUGUUGUGCUUUUUUCCCCAAUGAAGCAUUACCCACCCGAUAAUGUGGGUGUUCUUUUUUCUUU